UUUACAACAAGGAUACUCUCAACCUCGAAUUAUCCAUAUUUUGAAAGUCGAUGGAAUACAUAUAUCUCAACCUACUGUGUCAAAUGUCAAGCGAAAGAUCGGUCGUCAAAGAAAUUCUGAAUCGAAAAUUAAAAUUUAUCGAAAAAAACCAUCACAAACAACAUCUAUUGUUAACAAAGUCAUCAAGAAAAUUGAUGUUGAAGAUCCACCAACCCAACGUGCUAUUGCUAAAUCUCUUCGUAUUAGACAAUCUACUGUUUCGAACAUCAUCAAAAAUUCAGGAUUUAUUCUUCGAAAAAAAAGAAAAGUUCACAAAUUAACUUCAUCAAAUAUUAUAAAACGUCGAGAACGAUCAUGUCAACUUUAUCGUCGAUUAGCACAUCAACGAUACAAAAGGUUCAUUACAACAGAUGAAGCUUGGUUUCAUUUAGAUGCAAGUAGUGGUAAACGAAAAGUAUGUUAUAUAAAAAAAACUGAUCCUGACUACAAUCGAAUGAUUAUUCAACAAAAUACUUCUCGACCAAAAGGUUUUAUGGUAUGGGGAGGUGUAUCAACUCAAGGUAAAACAACACUUCGUUUAGUUGCACCUGGUACAAAAGUUAAUUCGAAUUAUUAUAUUAACAAGGUUUUGAAACCAUUUUUAACUCGAGAUGUACCACGUUUGUUUUCAAAAAAACAAAAAAGAAAAUGGUAUUUUCAUCAAGACUCAGCACCAAGUCAUACUUUCAAAGAGACAAUUCAAUAUUUGAAUGAAAAUAAAAUUAAUUAUAUCAAACCAGAAGAAUGGAUGCCGGCUAGUCCUGAUGCUGCACCAAUGGAUUAUGCUAUAUGGGGAUAUUUAAAACAACGACUAAAUAGAACAGAUACUAAAUCUCUUGAUGAACUUUAA